AUGCUUCUCGACUCAAUGCUUCAAUGUUAUAUAAAAAUCGAGCCUGAAUAUUUCGAUGAAGUCAAAGUUUCUGAACUUCUCAAGGCUUUCGAGAAUAUUCUUGUUGAUUUUGGCGAUCAAAUUCAAUUUCUUCGAACAAAAUCUGAAGUUUUGGCGAGAUUUGAAGAUAAUUCAGAGAUUAUUGAUACUGUGAGUAUUUUUCCGGAAUAGUUUCUUUCAACCUAUAUCGAGAGAUAUAGAAAAAUAACAUUUUUCAUCAGUUCAAAAAAUUAGUUCAGAGCUUUUUUUCAGGUUUCAUUACUUUGCUCGCUUUCUGAUCUUCCUGAAAACUGGUUGCUUUUCCUUGGUCUCAAAAAUAAAAAUCGGGAUUUUGAAUUAUGCAUUUAUAUCAAAUCUAUGCUUUGUUAUGAAUCCCAGUUACAAAAUGCCCAUGGUUUUGUAAAAGAAUCGAUUCAACGAAAAAUUGAUGAUUUGAAGAAAUUUAUAUCAAAAAGAUUCCCCAGAAAAAAUUGAGAAAAUCCGAAAUUCCAUGAAAGUUUCCUUCAAACAUCCCGACGAAGAAAAUUCCAUCAAUGAAUCUAAAUCUGAAUUCAAAGCUCACGAUUGCCGCGCCAAAAAUCGAUUCAUCUCCUAUUCCGAAAAAUCCCAAACACUUUCCAAUUUCCGAUCCCGUUAUUCAUUUUUAUUCUCUUUUCUUCUAUAGGUUAGGUAUUUUCUUGUUUUUCUUUGUUGUUGAUUUUUUUAUGAAAUAUUAAAAUGUUAGUUUGAAAAAAAAGUUCAGAAAAAAACAUAAAAGUCCAUAACUUUUUUAUGGCACAUGAAAAAUUUUACAUUUACAUAGAAAAAAGAUACGAGGCCACGUAAUUUGAUAACUUUUUCUUUAUGAUAAUAAUUUCCAUGCCACACAUUUUCCCCUUUUUGUAUGUUUUUCAAUGAUUGCGUGAAGUGAUGAGGAUUAAUUUUUCGGUUUUUUAUAUCCGGGUUUUUGUAGCUCAAUUUGUUAUCAAUAGUUCAUUUGUCAUGAUUUUCCUAAUAUAAAACAUGACAACAAAACUUAGAACUUUGUCUCUGGAAAUUAGUAUUUCUAUAGAAUUUUGAAAUUUUUUUUUGGAUUUCAAGCAUUCUUCUAUGUCUAGAUCCCAUUUUUCGAGGCCCAAGAAACUCACAACUUUCCGAUUUUUCCAGCCAUGACAAGAUCAAAUCUAGCCGUUCUUCUUCUCCUCGCCGCUUCCGCUUCUGCAGUCCAACUCCCAGAAUAUACUCUCUCCGAUGAAGUCAUUCAAUUGGCUGGUUUCCGCGAGAGACCAACAAAUCUCGCCGUCUCACAAUGUUUAGACAUCCAAUUCAAUUAUUGUCAACACACCUUCAAUCAAUUCUUCGGUCUUCCAGAAGAUGCCACGUGGCGAAACGGUACUCUUAUCUUCAAAACAGUUCAACAAUUUUUGCAAACCAAUGUUACUGAAGUUGUCAAAGUUUGCAAGUAAGUGCGAUUUUUGUUGAUUCUGUUUGGAUUGAAAUUUCGAAAUUUUCAGCACCCGCACUCAAUAUUAUCAAUGUUUGGGAACAUCUUAUUCGUCAUGCUUGAACUUGUACAAUCUUCUCAAUAAGCCAAAUGCUGAUUUCCAACAAAGUACGGUAAAUUUCUGAAAUUUGAAUUUUUUUUUGCUUUUUCGAUUUUUUGUCAAUGGGUUUCAGAAAAAAAGGAAAAAUCCUACGCUAUUUUUAAAAUUUUCUAGAACUCUGUAGAACUGAAAUUGUUCACAGUAUCCGGGAUUCAUUUACAGAAACUGAUCUACAGUAAUCAGGUCAAUUUUUUUUAUAAUGAAACUCACUUCACUCGAAAUUUUGUAAACGAAGAAAAAUUAAAAAUGGUUCACUUUUAUACAUUGGAUUUUUCACGUAAGCGUACCAGAAAUUAAUUUUGAUUUUGAGAGAUUAAUUAAAAAUGUUUCAUUUCUAUUUUAAAAAUCAGGUCUAUCAAAUUGUUAUACUGUAGAUAAACAACGUGGACAUUGGUACUGUAGAAUUUCAAAAACCAGCAUUUGGGUAUCUAAAAAUAUCAACACUGUUUUUCAGCCUUCGAUUUCGUCAGAACUUUCCGUGGUCUCGAAUGGCAAUGCGUCGGUGGAUUCCAAGAAGUUGCUGGACAAUGGGAUUGUUUGGGAACCUUCCCAACUACAUCUGCUUAUCAAAACUGCAUCACAACUUUCAACAACACCAUCACUGCCAACAAUUUCUGCCCGUAAGCAUUUUGGAUGGCCUAAGAAGCUUUUGAAAAUAUAUUUUGUAAAUUUUUUAGAGCCGUCGAUGCUGCUGGUCAAUGCAUGAACAACGCCUACAAUGCUGCUUGUGGAGUUGGCGCCGGUUAUUUUGGCUGCGAAAAUUUCCGCAUCACUUUCGAUAAUUCUUGCUGGGGACUCAGAUGUGUUCCACUCAACCAAUAA